UCAUCUUCGGCGACAGAAACUGAAGCCACGCUGCACAAGAAGCGAACUCCAACUAUAAACAUUGAACUCUGGCUCAUCGAACGGUUGAUGGGUUCGCUCACACUAGGUACUUCGAGUGCAGUUGCCGGAGAAACAAAUCCCCACAAGAAGAAAGGAAGGUAAUGACCUCUCAAUCCACAACAGUCUGCUAAGCUUCGCCUUCACGCUGGCAUGGAGCAGCCUAAGAGAGACAAAGAAAAAGCGUCAGUUUACUGUAAUGUCCAGAUGGAUUUGAACAAGGAGAUGCGUGAGGCUGACACAAAUAGAACAGAGAUAAGGAUCAUAAAUGUUAAGGACGAAGACUGUGAAUGGGAGGCUGUCCACCUUAAACAGGAGUGUCUGAGCAUUAAGGAUGAUGAGUGUGAAAUUGGGUCAAUGAGCAUUAAAGAAGAGGCUGAAGAGAUGUCUGUCAGUGUUGAGGUGCACAAAUUUAAAAGGACUGAGAGUGUGAAGGAAGAUGAACAAGAUCGAACAGUGACUAAGUUAGACUCUUCUCAGAGCAGACUCUGUCCAUCACCAGAGUCUUCUAUCAAUGUGAAGUCUGAAUCAUUAGAGGAGGUUUCAUCCGUUAGAACUCCAGAAGAUCAGCCAUCAACUGAAGGAAAGUCUGUCAGCAUGGUGGCGCACAACAGUAAAAGUGUGGAGAGUGUCAAGGAAGAAGAACUUCAUUAUGGGUGUCAAGAUGAAUCAAUCACCAAGCUAGCCUCUUCUCAAAGCAGACACUGCUCAUCUGUCAAUGUGAAGUCUGAAUCCUUACAGUCUGACACAAAGGGAAUUGAGGAAAAUACAUCUGUUAGAACUCAAGAAGAUCAGCCACCACAUACAAAUCAGUCUGGUAAAAGAGACAAACGUCACUGCUGUUCUGAAUGUGGCAAGCUAUUUUGCCACAAGAGCUCCCUACAAAGCCACAAAAGAAUUCACACAGGAGAGAAACCAUAUUGCUGUUUGGAAUGUGGCAAACAAUUCCGUGAGAGUACCCAACUUCAGCGCCACAAGAGAAUUCACACUGGAGAGAAGCCGUAUUGCUGUAAUGAAUGUGGCAAAUGGUUUCGUUGCAGGAGUCACCUUCAGCGCCACAAAAGAAUUCACACCGGAGAAAAACCUUACUGCUGUUUGGAAUGUGGUGCACGAUUCACCUGUAACACAAGUCUUCAGAGCCACAAAAGAAUUCACACUGGAGAAAAGCCAUAUUGCUGCUUGGAGUGUGGCAAAAGAUUCUGUAACAUGGGUACUCUGCAGAAACACACAAGAUUUCACACGGGAGAGAAACUGUUUAGCUGUUUAGAAUGUGGCCGGCAAUUCUAUGAUGAGAGAAGUCUUCAGAGUCACAAAAGAAUCCACACUGGCGAGAAGCCAUAUUGCUGUUCUGAAUGUGGCAAACGAUUCUAUGACAAGAAAAGUCUUCAGAGUCACAAAAGAAUUCACACUGGAGAGAAGUUGUAUUGCUGUUCUGAGUGUGGCAAACAAUUCUCAAAUAUCAGCAGUCUUAAGACCCACACUGCAAUUCACACUGGAAAGAAACCAUAUUGCUGUUUGGAAUGUGGAAAACAAUUCUAUAACAAGAGCUCUCUUCAGAACCACACUAGAGUUCAUACUGGAGAAAAUCCAUUUUGCUGUUUGGAAUGUGGUAAAAUAUUCUGUAGCAAGAGUAAUCUUCAGAGCCACACUAGAGUUCACACCGGAGAAAAACCAUUUUGCUGUUUGGAAUGUGGCAAAAAAUUCCAUAGUAAGAGUAAUCUUCAGAGCCACACUAGAGUUCACACUGGAGAAAAGCCAUUUUCCUGUUUGGAGUGUGGAAAACAUUUCCGUACCAAGAGUAAUCUUCAGGGCCACACUAGACUUCACACAGGAGAAAAGCCUUUUUGCUGUUUAGAAUGUGGCAAAAAAUUCCGUAGCCAGAGUAAUCUUCAGAGCCACACUAGAGUUCACACUGGAGAAAAGCCAUUUUGCUGUUUGGAGUGUGGCAAGAAAUUCCAUAGCAGGAAUAAACUUCAGAGCCACAUUAGAGUUCACACCGGAGAGAAAGCAGCCGUAAGAAGUACAUUAGAGAGGGCAAGAAGCAGAAGGAAGAAAGGAGAAAAGAGAGUGAAAGAUGUCAAAAAAAAGGAAGAAACAGCUGCCGUUUACCAUAACGCCAAGAUGCAUGUGAAAGAGGAUAUGUGUGGGGCUGAAAUAAAUACCAUGGAGUUAACAAUUGCAAAUAUUAAAAAAGAGGACUGGGAAGAGGAGUCUGUUCACCCUAACAAGGAGUGCCCCCAGGUUAAGGAGGAGGAUUAUAAGAUGGAAACUGUAGACAUUAAAGGAGAGGCUGAGGAGACGUCUGUCAGCAUCGAGACGCACCAACGAGAAAUCAUGAAGGAUGACAAUGUCAAGUUGACGUCUGAAUCAUUGCAGCCUGACACAGAGACGUCUGAGGACAUUUUGCCUGUCAGAACUCGGAAAGGGCAACCACCACGUACACAUCAGUCCAGCAAAAGAGGUAAACCUCACUGCUGUUCUGAAUGUGGCAAACAAUUUUGUCGGAAGAGUUCCCUUCAGAGCCACAACAGAAUUCACACAGGAGAGAAACCUUUUUGCUGUAAUGAAUGUGGCAAACAAUUCCGCGAGAGUACCCAACUCCAGCGCCACAAGAGAAUUCACACUGGAGAGAAGCCGUAUUGCUGUAUGGAAUGUGGCACACGAUUCCGUCACAAUAAUAAUCUAAAGAGCCACAAAAGAAUACACACAGGAGAGAAGCCGUAUUCCUGUUCUGAAUGUGGCAAACAAUUCAGUGACAGUAGUUAUCUUCAGAGCCACAAGAGAAUUCACACAGGAGAGAAGCCAUAUCAGUGUACGGAGUGUGGAAAACGAUUCUCACGUACAACAAGUCUUCAGAGCCACAAAAGAAUUCACACUGGAGAGAAGCCGUAUUGCUGUUUGGAAUGUGGCAAACGAUUCUGUAACAGGGGUUCUCUGGACAGCCACAGAAGAGGUCACACUGGAGAGAAGCCAUAUUACUGUAAUGAAUGUGGCAGACAAUUCUCUGACAGUAGUACUCUUCAAAACCACACAAGAAUUCACACUGGAGAGAAGCCAUAUUGCUGUGUGGAAUGUGGCAAAUUGUUCCGUAACAGGAGUGGUUAUCAGAGUCACACUAGAGUUCACACUGGAGAAAAGCCAUUUUGCUGUUUGGAAUGUGGCAAAAAAUUCUGUGACAGGAGGACUCUUCAGAAACACUCAAAAAUUCACACUGAAAAGAAUUUGGAGAGAGAAAAGAAAUAUUGCUGUUCUGAAUGUGGCAAAAAAUUUCGUUACAGUAGUGGUCUCCAGAAACACAUUAUAAUUCACACGGGAGGGAAGCCAUUUUGCUCUUAGGAAUGUAGCAAUUGGUUCUGUGACAGGAGUACUCCAGAGACGCACUAGAAUUCACAGUGAAGCCCUGAGGAGUGAGUUGGAAGGAGAAGGAGGUAGGAGUCAUCUUGUCUAACUACUCAAAUUUUUGACGAGUAACUUCUUGUGGUGAGCUUCAUCGUAUAAGAGCCAUACUAAAUCUCAUCAGACAAAACUAGUUUCCUAGACCAGGACAAAGGUGGUAACAGUAGUGCAACAUCACCCGUUGCCGAUUGGCUGGGCACAUCUUCACCGUAAAUAAACAUCGUGGGUUGGCUCCAAACAUUUGCAUAAUUUUCCUCAGUGCGUCAAACCGCAUCCUGCGCCUUAUUUUUUUAAAUCUGAGUUUAGCACCAGUGUGCUGUAGCUGAGGAGAUGCCAGCCUGGUUACAAAAUCACGGGCAAAGCUUAAAUGGGAAGAGCGCAUGUUUGUGCCACUGCAGUGCAUACAGACUACGAGAGCCCACGGUUUCUUGCAGUUUUUAUCACUCUUUUAGAUAGCUCACUAUCCUGAAAAUGAUUUCUUUGGAAAGUGUCCAGCAUAUAACGAGAGCUAAAUGGAGGGUCUGUUUUUAGAUUUUACAAAGCAGCAGGGAGAGCCUUGCAAGGGUCCAUUUUUUGCAACUAAGCUGAGCACUUUAUUUUUAUUUAUUUUUUUUAACUUGCUAAAAAGUGGCAGCUAAUCUAAAUGAACACUCUUAUAUUUGCUAUUUAACUGAGAAAACCUUUUUUGGGAAGAAAAAAAAGUCUAAAA